AUGGGUUCCAGACUCAUCGAAUCCCUCCAACACGCAGCGGGAAGAAACCAAGAACUCCUCGCCAUCCUCUCCCAAACCGACAAUGCACCCACAGCCUUUAAGCAAAACACAAUCUACAUCAGCGAUCUCGGCACCCGCAUCGCAGACACGGACAAGGAAAUAAAACGCCUGCACCGUAUCACCGAGGACGAACGCAAAGACCACAUCAAGUACGAGGAAAGCACUUUUACCCGCUACAUGUACAAGCUGCGCGGCAAAAGGGCNGAAGCGGCAUUUGCAGCCAAAGCCGGCAAGGAAGAAAAGGAGUUUGUGGAAGCAUGGCAGAAGGAAAGAGAGACGCAAGAGUCGCAUGUGGAAUUGACUGCUGCAUUGAAAGCCGCCGAGAACGAACAACAUCGUCUGCAAGCCGAAACAGCCAGACACGAUCAAGCGCAGUCCGAACUGGAUAGAUUAUACUCCUCCAUCUUUGACGGACCUACCCCAGAAGUCCCUGGCGAAGAUCAACUCGAGUCAAGUCUCCAGCACAACAAACAAUGGGCAGACAACUGCACCCAAUACCAAAACCUGCAAAGACGAGCCGCAGAAGCGCUAAACGCCACACUGCAAUCCCUGCAGUGCGCAAACAGAGACAUGGCAGAAGCGAUAGACAUGUCUCGCUGGGACAUGUUUGGCGGCGGCACCUUCGUAGACAUGAUGGAAAGAGACGCGCUUUCCAAAGCUCAAGUCGGUGUCUCUGAAGCUUUGAGGCACAUGGACGAGGCCCGCCGCUGUCAACCGCACAUCCCGCCUCUACACAACAUCAACAUUGACAAUGGGCAUUUGAUCAGCGAUGUGCUUUUCGACAACAUUUUCAGCGAUAUGGCGCAACACGAUCGUAUCAAGAAUUCGGCGGCGCAACUGCAGAUGGCGAUGAAGCAGUGUGCAGAGUUGCUGGAGAAGCAGAAGCGUACUUUUGGUGAUGCUGCUGCGCAGAGUGCGAGGGCGAAUGAGGCGACUAAUGCUGCUCGUCUGGAGUUGCAGCGGAUUAGAGCAGAGGCGUUUGAGAGGUUUGCUGGUCAGGGUGCGCCGCCGGCGUUUCAGGCUUCUGUACAAUAUGUGCCUCCACCGGCGUAUUGA